GUCUUGAUGGGUAUCUAUCUAUAAAUGAGCUGCUCUCAGUCAGUUCAAUAGUCAAUGAAGCCAGCAAUCCCUCUUCUACUGCAGAUAUCUGAAUUCUAACCAGAGAAGUGCAAGAACCAUGCUCGUGGAACUUUCCCUCUUCCGUCACCCCGCUUUUCUCCCCUCUGCCUCUUCCACUCUCCAAUCCCACCUCAGACUCAUCGCCGAGUCAUCUCCAUCCACCUAUAUCUACACACAGAUGGAAGACCCCACAUACAUCUACAUCAUCCAGCCAGCGACACUCACGCGGAAGAAUGACAAAGUGGAAGAACUAUCGGCUCACGAGGGCAUAAACCUCGAAUGGACACUUCAGAUCGAACUUAACCACCACGCGACAGACACCCCAGAAACUGAAACAACCCAACUCGACAGCCUCCUCCCCACAAAAGCCCCCGUCAUAGCGAUAGGCAGAUACUUCGUUCCCCCCGAGAAGAAGACCGGGUAUCUGGAGACCUUCAACGCCACGAAAGGGCAUCUGGAAGCAUUCACGGCACCGUAUCCGCUGGCUGGGGGGUGGGAGACGUAUCCGAGCUCCGCUGGGGGAGACGAUAAAGAGGAUUAUGUGUUGUUCAGUGGCUGGGAUGCGGUGGAGAGGCAUUUUGCGUUUGCGGAUACGGAAGGGUUCAACGAGUUUGCCAAGAUUAAAGGGUUUUUAGACGGAGGGGAUAUAAAGCAUGUUGUACGGUGGGAAGGGGUUGGUCAGUAGGUUCGGGGCUGGGAAGUGUUUAUGAAAAAUAUCCAUUUGUAGCGCGUAUCAUCUUG